AUGGAAGGCUUUCAUAAAAUGCAGGAUGACCUUGAAAUGGUGAUUGAGAGCGAUGGAUGCAGCAACAUGGACAGUGAUACCGGGGCGACCUCUGACCUGAAUAAUAUUCCUGUGCGACAGAAAUUGGAUCACAUAAUACAUUCUAAUGUAUUUAUGGUGAGUUCAUGGCAACUGUGGGGAAUUAUUGUGCUGGUAAUCGUUGACAGUCUUGUGGUCAUCACAGAACUUUUGUUUGAUCUUGAAAUUGUUCACCUUGGAACGGAGCAUGAUUUUAUUCCCAAGAUUUUCCAUUACAUCAGUCUUGCUAUACUGAGCAUCUUUCUUUUGGAAAUAUUCCUACGCCUCUAUGUGAUGCGAUUGUCAUUCUUCAAGCACAAACUGGAGAUCUUUGAUGCAACUAUUGUCAUAGUUUCAUUCAUCCUUGACAUUGUGUUUAGAAACAGUGAGGAUGCUUCCGUGGGUGUGGGGCUUCUCAUCAUUCUACGUUUGUGGCGAGUGGCCAGGCUUGUUAAUGGGAUAGUGAUGUCCGUACAGAAACAAGCUAAUAAGAAAAUUGAAAAAGAAAAACAUCGUGCUGAAGCAUGUGAAAAGGAACUUAUGAUAUAUCAGGAAUAUUGCACUGCGACGGAAGAGGAAAUAGAAAGAUUACAAGAAAUUCUCCGCCAGCACAACAUUGAAUUUGUCACCAAACAUUUAAGCCGGCCGAGAUGCAGCAGACAAACAGGCAGUGUGGCAAAUGUCAGCUAA